AUGAUACAUGUAGUAAUUGGGCGAAUCGAUCCCAACCAUCGAAGUUGCAACGUACGCCACCCAUUCACGGUGGAAUUUGCAAAUUCCACGAAGUUACAUAUCCUCCUGAUCGUUCCCAUUCUUUCUGGAAACUCCUCUCAGGCCACAGACGACGGCAGCGCGCUAAUCAUUGUCAACUCGGAAUCGCAGCAGCUGUUCGCCGUCGACCCCGACACCGGUGCUGCAACUUUGAUCGACCUCGGAGGCGAGCUCAUUCCUGGAAGUGGCGAUGGACUGGUGUCUCUCGCGGCGAACCUGUCUUGCGGGUCACUGGCCCCACGCGCCCUAUCGAACCCCCUCUUCGACACUCAGACCACUGCCAUGCGCAAGGGAAACUCUCUGUACGCCGUGAAUGCCAAGUUCGGCGUGGCCGCAGAGGAUGUCGCCACCACGGCGUACGAGAUUGUUCGUGUCGACCGAGACAGCGGGGAGCUGGCGUGCUAAGUGCACCCUCCAAGAGCGCUCUUUAGCUGUUCACAG